AAUCGAAUUCAUAUUGAGUACGAACGCUCAAUUUUACUUGCAAAAGGGCUCGGAUAGAAAAAUGCCCAACACUUAUCGAACUUCGGAUGAAAUUGUGGCUCAGCGAUUGGAGGAUGGCAGAGAUAUGAAUCUGAGUCUUCAAAAUAUGAAUCUAUUCGCAUCUGGAGCCUUUUCAAAUGUCUAUCGUGGAAUUGCACGCACAGAAUCCAACCACCAAAUGGAAAUUGUCAUCAAAAAGACAUGGCCACGUCAUAAAGGAUGUCCAUUGGAAGUGAAGAUUCUCGGAAAACUUGGAAAGUUGAAGCACAAGAACAUUGUCCGCCUUCUCUUUAGUUACCAGAAACAACAUGAAGGUCGUAUCUGCCUUGGUCUAAUCUUCGAGUACAUCCCAAUGAAUCUCCAUCAGUUUCUGAAGGAUAACAAUCGACGUGUUGACAUUAUCGAGGUUAAACUGAUUGUUUGGCAGUUGUUCCGUGGACAAGCACAUUUGGAGAAGUCUGAAAUUUGUCAUCGUGACAUCAAACCACAGAAUUUACUGUACAAUGCUGACACUGGUCUUCUGAAGAUUUCUGAUUAUGGAUCAUCUGCGAUUGAAUCAGUGAAGACACCACAACAAAGCUACCAUGUCACAAGAUAUUAUAGACCGCCCGAGUUGCUUCUAGGCUCCAAAAACUAUGGAUGCAAGAUUGACACUUGGUCGUGUGGAUGUGUCUUUGGUGAAUUGCUUAAAGGUGGAAUCUUCCUGGCAGGGAAAUCAGCCAAGAAUCAGGCAGAAGUUGUAUUUGAUAUGUUCGGAGUUCCAACUGCAGAAGAUGUUUCAUCGAUGAAUGUGAGCAACACGAAAUACAAAGAAAUCAUUCAAUCGUAUGAACCUGAUACUUCAAAAAGAACAGCCGAUUUGGCAUAUCUCUACAAUCAGACUGCGAGUUUCCAAAGAGAUCGCCGAAGUACUGUCUACAAUACGAAGAUUGAUUACUCUGAUAUGAAAGAUUCCGUUGAGCUACUUCGUCAGGUGCUUGUCUACAAUCCGAGCAGACGACUCUGUGGAAUAGAAUUUCUCACGAAUCCAUUCUUCACCGUGUUGUUCAACGAGAAGACUGUGCGUUUCAAUAAAAAGAAGAUCCAAUGCGUGUCAGCUGUCGAUCUACAAGCUGUGAAAUCGGGAGACGUCACACUGACAAAUGAGUCUGUAGAGCACUCGACCUAAUCCCUUCCACUUUGAAAAUUUUGUACAAUGGUCAAUAAAUCAAUUUUAUUGC